AUCCCAAACUCACAUUUGACCUUCCGUCUAUAAAACAAAAUCCACAAAUUCCCCACUUUAAUCUAAUACGUUUCCCGAGGAGGAAUGGGUGUGGGACUGGGCGUUCCCUUCUGCAUCGACUGUGGAACCCACAGGAACCCGUGCAGGUGCAGGGUGGUGGGGCCGAGCCUGGGGUUCUUAGCCUUGGUUGUGACGGCGGUGGUGGAGUGGCCUGUCGGAGCUCUGGUUUACUUAUUCCGCCACCACAAAGGCCGCCGUAUCAUGGGGCAUCCGGUCACCGUUGUUUACCCUUCCGUGUCUAAUGCGAUUCCUAUUUGAGAAUUUUUCUUUUUCUUUGUUAUUUCCUUCUCUUUUAGUAUAAAUGGGAGGGAGUAUUUGAGAAGCUGCUCUGUGAUCAUAAAUUAUUAAAUAUUGUGCUCCUUUUUUUUUUUUUUUUUUUUUUUUUUUUUUUACAUAAAUAAAGUUAAAUUCAGUUACUUUAGUUAAAGUAAAAAG